CGUAUCGGAAAGCAGUUCUACGGUUCUUGAUAAAGCCGCCAAUAUUACGCGCACUAAUUAAUUGAACGUGUGUAAUAAUGCUGGUUAGCCAUUCUUUGGCAAGUACUGGAGUAAUAUGGCAGUUGUAAUGUACUCCUAUUUGAAUUUUUUUGUUGUUCUACUAUCUUUAAAUAUUGUAACCUGUAGCAGUAACUCUGAUGGAGAAUUUGAUAACAAAGCUAUAUCGAAAUUGGUGUCAGGGUUGUCCGCGUUAACGGGUGGCCAGGGUGAUGGUGUUGAGAGUCUCCUUGGGAGCGCUCUCGAAGGAUUGGACUUGGGAUCGGGAUCUAGUUCAUCAUCAGAAAUGGUUCAAUCUGAUCUGGACAGCAAAGAAAUAAAAAAAUAUUUCAAUACUAUGGCUAAAAAAGAAGAAAAAUAUUACAAGAAGGCCAUGCAAGAUCAAAUAAGUGAAGAAGAAAAGAAUCAAUUGAAAUAUUACGAAAACUUAUUGACUCAAAUUAAAUCUCUGAAUGUAUAAAAUGAAGAACACGAA